UCACAAACCGGAGCACAGGGCUAAUACUAUCUGGCUUGACAUUUUCGAUAACAGGGAACGGUGGAUCCUUCAAGCCCUGACUUGGCUGUCUCUUGACGUGAAGUUUGUCGUGCAUAGGGACGGACACGCCAUGCACUACCGGCUGGAACCAGAUGCCGACACCGUCGAGCUGCUGCUUUUCCGCCGGGUGUGCAACGCCAAGGCGGUCCGCGUCCGCAUGCUCGCCGGCGAGUUCCCUGCCGCUUUCGUGAAGGCUGCAUUGGUUGCUGAUGUAUUUCAAGCCCUCGUCGCAGUAUCGACCGCGAUGCACAACCAGACACAGGGGAGCAUGUCGACGCGUAACUUGUUCACAGAGAUUGUGUACAACUUAUCGAGCACGCGGAACAUGAGCAAGGCGCUUUCUCGCUUGGGCAUAUCCGAUGAGACCGCAGAUAUGCUUGUCCUCGUUCCAAACGCUACGGGGAAACAGAUUGCCGAUAUUCGCGCAGCGGUUGAGGGCGAAGAAGUGUUGGAUGUUUCCGAGGGGGUUAAAGAGACGGCGGAUAUGCCCCAAGUCCGAAAGUUUUACGGGGUGACGGAGGCGGAAGAGCGGAGCGGUCCCAUCGUAGACGCGAUUGUCACAAGAAUGGCAUGUCGAGACGUGCGGUAA